AUGGCGACUCCUACGUUAAUCGAUCCUUCCUUUUCGGGGAGAUCACAAUUCGGGUGCAACAGAGAAGCAUCAGAUGGCGGGGGAAAGAAUGCUAGUGGUGGUGAGGGUGCUUCUUGGGAUGGUUCUGGAAGGAUAAUCUCCGGCGAGGGUGGAGAGGAUGGAAAUGGAAAUGGAUCUUGCGGCUCUCCGGGAAGCACUGGAUUUACCGGUGACGGAAGGAAAACAUCUGGUGUCUGGGGCGUAGUUAAAUCCGGCGGCGUGAACGGAAAAGUCGGUGGUUCUUCUGGAAGUUGCGGAACCAUCGGAGGUGGCAAGAUGAUUUCUGGCGUCUCUGGGAGAGGAAAGGCUGGUGGGGUGAACGUAAAUGACGGUGGUUCCUGGGGAUUAUCUGGGAGUUUUGGACUGGCUGGGGCCGGCAAGAAAAUAUCCGGCGUCUGCGGGAAGGGAAGGACCGGCGGUGUGGAAGUAACCGGAUUAUCAGGCAGUACCGGUGGUGUUUGCGGGUUAGAAAACUCCGGAGUCGGGAUCACGCCGGUGUCCGGCGGAGUUGGGUUUGGUGUAAGAGGGGGUGGAAAUAAGAGAGGAUCAUCCGGUGGUUGUUGCGGUAGCUGCGGAGUUCCCGGCGGCGUCGAGAACAUCGGGACAAGUGGCGGUGCUGGUGUAGAUCCAUCUGGGGGAAAAUUUAAUGCAGGUGGUGGAGUAUAA